GUAAACCCUCUUCCCAAUUUUGAUGAUCAUUUGUGUCCUGUGUGGGGGAAGGAAAAAGGAAGAUGGAAUGUGCAGUUGGGUUAACAGGGGAGGGAAGAAAGCUUUACAGAAUCCGCCGCACGAUAAUGGAAAUGCUCAAAGACCGGGCUUAUGAUGUUCAUGACACUGAAAUUCAUAUGAGCGAAAGAGAUUUCAUUAAUAAGUUUGGAGAAAAUCCAACAAGGAGAGACUUCACUAUUCUCAAAUCCAGGAGGGCUGUCAAAGAUGAGAUAAUUGUACUGUUCCCUGAGGACGAAAAGCUUGGAAUGUCGACCAUAAAAGAUUACUACUCAAAUCUGGAAAAGGCCAAAAUAAAUCGGGCAGUUGUUGUAGUUAAGCAGAGCACUUCUCCCAUGGCCAGAAAAUUCGUUCUGAAUCAUACUAAACAUAAUAUAGAAAUCUUCAACGAAACAGAAUUGCUCAUUAACAUUAGCCGGCAUACAUUGGUUCCCACACAUCAAAUUCUAACCAGUGAAGAAAAGAGGACAUUGUUGGAUCGAUACACACUAAAAGAAACACAGCUUCCACGAAUACAGAAAAGUGAUGCAAUGGCUAGAUAUUUAGGGUUAGUACGUGGUCAAAUUGUAAAGAUCAUUCGACCCAGUGAAACAGCAGGAAGAUACGUGACUUAUCGUUAUGUUAUUUGA